UAAGGGCGGCUGUGGGCUAACGUGUGAGGGAAGGGAUACAGACCAAAGCUCACACCACGCUGCCAUCUUUACCUCCCUGAUUUCUCUCUCUCUCUCUCUCUCUCUCUCUCUCUUCUGUUGUUCACCCUGGAAUGAAUGUAACUGCUGCUGAUCGCCGGGUGUUGCUGCAAAGGGAGGCGCAGAUUCUCCUCGUCUGAGAGAAGAUCCCGUCUCCACUCUAAGCCAUAACAAACCUCCAUCUGCAGGGCUCGGACCAGAACCCUACCAGGGGACACCAUGGAAGCCCCUCUUGUGUGCUUGGAUGAGGAGUUUGAGGACCUCCGGCCCUGUCGGAUGGAUGAGCUGGACCACCCAGCGCUCAACAACUCCUCUUAUUCCAAUACCACCACCACCACCACCACCACCACCACCAUCCCCCUGGCCUCCAUCACCCGCGAGGACUUCUCUGAGCUGGAGAACUUCUCUGAGAUGAUGAGCUUCAAGUCGAUGGAAGACCUGGUCAACGAGUUCGACGAGAAGCUCAACGUCUGCUUCCACAAUUACAACACCAAGACGGAGGGCCUGGCGCCCAUACGCAACCAGUCACACAACCAGGAGGAUGAGGAGCGACUGCAGGACGAAGACGUGUGGGAUGCUCUAACCGACAACUACAUCUCCACCUGGGACGGUGCAGACUCCGAGGGACUCAACGGCAACCUGUGUGAUCAGGAGAUCCAUGAAAAAGAGGAAGAGGAGAUGAAUGAGAAGAAUGACAACGCCAGCUGUCUGAAUGAAGAGCCUCUCAUCACAGCAGAUCAGGUCAUCGAGGAGAUCGUUGAGAUGAUGGAAAACUCUCCAGAUCCUGGUGAAACUGAGGAGGAGGAUGAGGAAGAGAGCAGCCACUGCUCCACCCGGACCAACCCCUCCCUGCUGGAGGAGAUCAGGCAGCUGUCACAGGCCUCCAACAACAACUGCUCCUAUGAAGGCCUGAGCCUUAUGCCCAGCUCAGCGCUUGUUGAACUGCUGCAAAGGGUGGAGGCCGCCAUCCGCGAGUACUCAGAGGAGCUGGUCAGCCAGCUGGCUCGGCGUGACGAGCUGGAGUUUGAGAAGGAGGUGAAGAACACAUUCAUCACGGCGCUGAUGGAGGUGCAGAACAGGCAGAAAGAGCAACGAGACAGCAGCAAACGCAGACGCCGGGACAAGGCCCUGAGCCUGCAGGGGGGCGGGACGGUGCCUGUGACCGGAGGGAAUGCAGCCUCCACGGGCCGCACAGAGAAGACGGGAACCAUGCCUGUCAAGCGUUUCAGCAUGGAGGGACUGUCCAACAUCCUUCAGACAGGCAUCAGACAGACAUUUGGAAGCACAGGGAAUGAGAAGCAGUAUCUAAACACGGUUAUUCCAUAUGAGAAGAAAGGCACCCCUCCAUCUGUUGAUGACCUGCAGAUGCUCACAAAAAUUCUCUAUGCCAUGAAGGAGGACAGUGAGAAGGUUCCUACACUGCUGACUGACUACAUAUUAAAAGUCCUGUGUCCCACCUAAAGCACCGCCAGGCCAGAGGCUGCAGUGCGACGGAGAAUUCUUCCCCCGAGCGCUUUUCAGAACCUUCUCGCCUCUGGCCCAAGCUGCAUGACCUCCCCUCUUUUACCAUUACCAACCAUGGAUCCUCACCAUUGACAUUAUCGUAUUCACCUCAACUACAACUACUGCCUUUCGCUGAGCUCACCUCCUCCCCUCCCACACAUUAGGCUCAGGCCAGACCCCAAAAUGGCUGAAUAACAAGUGGGACGGCCAGUUCCCACUUUUAACGGACUUCACUAAUGGAGCAUGACAUGCUUUUAACAAUCACAGCAUCACUUUGGAUACACAGGGAUACAGUGUUAUCACUGCUUUUUUUCCCCCCUCCUAAGUUCUCUACUUUACUGUCUUUUGUUUUCUUUUUUUUUCGUUUCCUACGACAGAAUUUCAGAGUUGCCAAGUCUUAUUCCUAAACAGACCUCCUAACUACUGGAUUCUGAUGGUAGUUUUAACCACUGAUUCAUGGACUACAUUGUCAGAUAAAUGAAAUGCCAUACUGCAUCCACAUAACAUCUCCCUGCGUUGUUUCCGAUGAAAAAGAAAACUGAUUCUUUUGAAUACAAAAGCCAUGCACCUUUUUCUGCCAACUUAGUACUGUAGCUCCAUGCGAAUAAAUAGAAACACACUACUAUUACGGGUGCAGUGCAGUGCAUUACAAAGCUUGUUUUUUUUUCUUCUUUCUUUCACUAUCUUAAUAUCCAGUGCUCUUCUGACUUUUUUGAAGUUUCUUUUCAUUUGUAUGUAAACGUUUGAUAUGAACUCUGUUGCUGAUUUUCUACUUUUAUUUACUGUAUCAUCAGAACGACAAGCUUCUGUGCAUUCCACCAUGUUCAGACACGUGGAGGUGUAUCACUGACUUUUCCUUGGAUAUCAUCCCCCCGAUGAGACGAGCUCAUUUCAUUAAAAGGCGUGCAUAUUUGCAUAUUGGCAUAUUUAUGACUUCCUUUGCGCCAUGUAGGUGAAUGUUACAUCGCUAAUCGCAAAUUCUAAUAAACAUUCUACCCUAA